GCGCCAAAACAAUUCCCGCGCAUUCACUCUUGCAGUGUGCUUAUGUAGUUGUCUUUAUCGCAAACGUUUGUCGUAAAAUGGGGGACAGUUUGACUGAAGAGGAAAUUCUGAGGCUGCUGGAAGAAUCUGGAUCUGAAAUUGACGAUGAUGGAUUUCAAACUGAAAAUAGUUCUUCCGAAAUAGAUGGUAACAACGAGUGGUCCGAAAAUGAAAAUGAGCCAUCAGACGUAUUAGAAGAGUGUGAAGCUCCCAUUCAAAAAGGCAGAGGCAGAAUACAACAACAGCAGUCCCAAAACAACGUUGUUGAAUGGGUAAAUGACGAUGUCCUACAACAAUUACCGCUCUUUGAAGGCGUAAGUAAUGUCUUGGCACCUUUGAGCGCCGAAAGCACUGAAUUAGACUGUUGGAGCGUCUUUAUUGACGCAAAUGUCAUCAAAAAUAUAAAGACAGAAACAAACCGCUACGCUGCAGCAACAAUUUCCAAAUUGCGGAUGCAAAAUAAAAUAACUUCCAGGUCGCUUUGGGCCAAUUGGUCUGCUGUGAAGCUACAUGAGAUGUAUCAGGUUUUUGCUAUAAUUAUUCACAUGUGCCUUGUACACAAACCAAAUAUUAUGGACUAUUGGAGCAAUGACCUAAUGCUAGAUUCCUCCUUACCUGCAAAAAUCAUGAAAAGAGACAGAUUUAGGUCAAUUUACUUUAUGCUUCACAUAAAUAACGACGACAAUUAUGUACGAAGGGGUCAACCAAACCAUGAUCCUAUACACAAAAUCCGACCUUUUUUUGAUAACUUUGUACUGAAAAGCAAGAACAGUUUUUCUCCUGGCGAGAAUCUCACAGUUGAUGAAGGUUUAUGUCCAUUCAGAGGGAGAAUUUGAUUUAGAGUAUAUAUCAAGAACAAACCGAGCAGGUAUGGUAUAAAAUUUUUCAUUCUAAGUGAUUCAGCAACAGGAUAUGUUUUGAACUGUGAAGUGUACACCAGUGCAGGUGAAAAAGACAACAGUGCAGAUUCAGUGGUGCUACGUUUGUGCAACAGUUAUCUACGUAAGGGUCAUACAUUGUACAUGGACCGCUUUUAUACUUCUGUAAAAUUAUUUGAAAAGUUGUUUGAUGAGGGCACAUAUGCUGUUGGCACAGUAAUGAGAAACAGAAGAGGCCUACCACAGGAAUUCGAACAGAAUAAACUAAGAAGAGGUGAAAUCGUAUUCAAGAGAAAAAAUUCCGUGCUAGCACUUCACUGGAAAGAUACUAGGGAUGUGUUUGCCCUUUCUACCAAACAUAGAAUGUCAAGUAGUGUUACUAAGACAAAA